AUGGGGUCCAGCACGGCUUCCGAGACCACCAUCAACACCAGCACUGAUAGUGCCAACACGAUGGUCACCACGGUGACCACGACGGACGGUGAGCAGCCGGACGACAGUUUGGACCUGAUAGACGGAUUCCCGGAAAUGUCGCCACCCCCCGUGACCACCCACUCGCAGAGCGGUACCACGCAGACCCCGUCCAGAGCCAACUCCGGCUACGUAGAAUCCACCCCAGCAUCCGGUACGAAGGACGCCCAGCACAGCACUGCCCCCGGGGGCCAGGCCCCCAGCUCGAACCACGCCGUAGACAGUCCUGGGGCCCCGCCACCCACCCCGAUGAUCGGGACUCACCAAGAGUCCAGGUUCACCUUCACCAGCGGACGGACCCCGCCCCUGCCCGACCUCAAGGUCACCGAUUUCUUUAGCACCCCCGUCAGAGGUUCGGUUGAUGCCGGUCAACCGGACGCGAACCAUAUCAACUCGAUGCUGUCGCUGGUCGCCGCUAAGGAGAGGCAAAACGCGAGCGAGUCGUUCAACGGUAUCUCCAGAAUCCAGCAAUCCUCAGAUAAGGGAACCAGCGAGUCCAAAUCCGGCCAAAAGAACAAGCCCAACAUCAACGUGACCACCAAUCCUUUGGACAUCUCGCUCUGCGGAGGUCAGCCAUCUUGCACUCCUCACGGGUCAACGGGGUCAAGAGGUCGAGGGAGGUCCACAGAAUGCCAUCCGCUCGUUUCACCCAUUCAUUCGUGGGUCAGGCUCUUUUUCCCGUUUUGCGCACUAGGUACAGUCCGCCCGGCCACGGAACGAUCUCCUGGGCCUAGCGGGGGUGCAGCAGGCACCAAGAGGUCGGCCCAGGCCACGAUCGUGGUGCAGCAGCCUUCCCUGUCCCUGGACGCCCCGGCGGCCACCAUCCUCCUGCGCCCCGACGCCGACAACAGACGUCGCGAGGACAACAUGCGACAGCUCCUGGACGUGACCAACACCCUCACCCUCCAGGACAUCCACGACUUCGAGAUGAG